AUGCCCCCCAUCUCCGAAACCACCAUCCUAACAAACUACCUCCUCAUCCCCGCCCAACUCCCCGCCAUCAUCUCUCUCCAAGAAUUCACCUCCCUCUUCCCCAAACCCAUGCAACACUCUCCCCAUAUCCGCACCCUCUACCGCGACCUCCAAUCCCAACGCAACACCCUCCUCGACACCAUAUCCGAAGAAAUCUCGUCCCAAGCCCGUCAAGGCAAAGCCCUGCGGCGCCACGUCCUAAAAGCCGGGCGUGAAGCCCAAGCUCAAGCACAAGAGCAAGACGACGAGAUUGACAUUGAAAGAAUGCUGGGUACCCUCCCCCCCUCCCAAAACAAAAACCACACCCUCCAAUCCAUUCUCCCCUCCCUCCAGGACGCCAUCUCCGAACUCGAAUCCCAGCUCCAGCUCCUCCAAUCCGAGGAAGCCUCCCUGCUGGCGUCCGUCCAGAAAACUGUCGGCGACCUCAGCGAUCUCCGCUACGGCCGUCUGGCAAACCCCAAACUGCCCGAGCAGGUCUUGGAGGGCUUGCAAGGGCUGCAAGAGACGUGCAAAGACAAGAACCGAUCAUGA